AUGGACGUCACAAGCCUAUACACAAACAUACCACAACAAGAGGGUAUUACCACUGUAUGCUAUGCAUAUCAACAAUUUCACCAAGGAAACCCUCCAGUCCCUACCAUACCAGAAAACCCGUUCCAAUUUAACGAGAAAGAUUACCUUCAAACCCAUGGAACAGCCAUGGGCACAAUAAUGGCUGUAGCCUUUGCUAACAUCUUCAUGGCCAAAAUAGAAAAAGAAAUACGCAGACAGAGCAGUAUUAAGCCCAUCUUUUGGAAAAGGUUUAUCAAUGACGUCAUAUCAGUAUGGGACACAAGCAGAAACGAAAUAGAAGAAUUCCUUGUAAAGGCAGACAACUUCCAUCCUACAAUCAAAUUCACGGCUGAAAUAUCAGAAACAGAAACUACAUUCUCGGACACGAAGUGUCCAAAAAGGUCAGAUUCAACAAGGAUUCUAUCCUUGACACGCGAACACACUUCAAGCCUACAGAGACAUUCCAACACAUGAAUUUCUAUUCAUGUCACCCACCAGGCGUCACAAAAGGCUUCGUCAAAGGAGACGCUUUGAGGCUUCUAAGAACAAAUUCCUCUGAAAUCACUUUUGAAGAGAACAUGAGGAAUAAAAAAAAAUAA